AUGAUGAUGUCAGAAAUUGCUAAAGACAGAAUGGCACAUUCAGUAAGGAAAAGGGGGAGUGUGUCUUCUUUAAGUGGUCGUGAAUUCCGGCAGAAGGAACUUCACGGGAACACCAAAAACUCCAGGAGUACUGUGUCUUAUACGGAUGAACCGAGCCAACGGGAUAAUGCCUCUCACCUUACAGCUCAGAUGGAAAACACCUAUCAGCUGGGUCCUACCAAACAUUUUCCUGCGGCCAUUGUCAAUCAUAUCCUGAAAGAUGUGUUAACUAACUAUCUACAAGGAGAACAAUAUGAACCAGAGCUCUGUAGACAGAUGACUAAAACAAUUUCUGAGGUUAUUAAAACCCAGGUCAAGGACCUGAUGAUUCCACGGUACAAGCUAAUUGUGAUUGUUCACAUUGGACAACUGAACAGUCAGAGCAUUCUUAUUGGAAGCAGAUGCCUCUGGGAUCCUAAAAGUGAUACCUUUUCAUCUUAUGUUUUCAGAAAUUCUUCUCUCUUUGCUCUUGCAAGUGUCUAUGCUAUUUACUUCGAGUGA